AUGGCUGAGUCACCUCAAACUUGGGUGGUCGUUGGCGCCUCCCGAGGCAUCGGUCUUGAGUUCGUCAGACAGCUUCUGGAGGCUGGACAGUCGGUCAUCGCAACUGCACGCGAUCCGGAUAACGCAAAGCAACUAUCUAGUAUUAUUCAAGCUCAGAAAGACAGAAAAGAUUGCAUGGUUGAGAAGUGUGAUGUCACCAGCAGUGAGAGCAUCGACAACUUUGCUGCUAGAAUGAGUACAGUUGUAAAAGGUGGUACGAGAUUGGACAAUAUCAUCAUCAACGCCGGCGUACUUAAAUACCCAAACCGGGCAACAGAGUUAACAUUCCAAGACUUUGCGUAUCAUUUAACCACCAACACCAUCGGUCCCAUUAUCUGCGCCCAGAAACUGGUCAACCUGGAUCCAGAAAGUCCUCCCUCAAAGGUCAUCUUCAUCUCAUCCGACUCCGGUUCAACUACCAACUUCCUCGGCCACGAAGAUGGAUAUGCAGCAUACGGCGCAAGCAAGGCCGCGUUGAACCAGUCUCUGAGACAUAUGGCACUUGAGCUGAAGAGAAGAGGCGGAAAAUGGUCUGAAACAUGUAUUCUGGCUCUUCAUCCAGGCGAGGUCAAUACUGAUAUGGGCUCUAUUGAGAUUCCAUGGGAUUGCGGGGCUCUGUUAGAGGCUGAUGAGAGUGUACGAGGUAUGCUCAAGGUCAUCAAGGAAAAGAACUGCGAUGACAGCGGAACCUUUUGGUGCUGGGACGGUAGGAAACAUCCAUGGUAA